AGUUGUUAUCUCAACGUCGAGUUGCACGGUUGAUGUUCGAGUGAAUUUCCGUCGUUGAAUUAAUAUUUUUGUUAGUUUUAAAUGCUAAGGAAUUUGUUGUUGUGUGUUUUGUAUUUUUCAGAAAUGUGUAGCACAAACGAAUUUUUGAUUUUGUAAAAAAAAUAUUUAGGUAUUUGAAACUUCAUGCGUCCUUUGUGUCCAAUUAUUGUUGGACAUCAGUGUGUCGUUUUUAAUGAGAAUCAUUUUCUUUUGUGUAAUGAAUUUGCAUCCAGAAACUAGUGAACCCGUCGAUUCUGUGCGUGGGCGUGUGUAUGCAAAUUCUAAAAUAUAAAUACAAAAAUAUAUAAAGAACCUAGUUAUAUGUUUUAAUGUGUACUUAAACGUAAUGUUAAAAAUACGAUAUUCGAAAUACGAAAUAAUGAUAACGAAAUAAUAGGAUUUAAAUAUACAUAGGUAUACCUUAAACUGGAUUAAAAGUGCAUCCGCAUUCGAACGAAUCAAUGUGUAUUUUAUUUGUCCCUCAGGGAAUUUAAAAAUAAAAAUAAAAAUAAAAGAAAAACAAAAUCUUAAAACGAAGGAACGAAGAACAUAAAAUCGUAAUUUUGUAGGUAUCCAUUUGACAGCGAACAAAUAAGAAAGACCACCGACCAACGACCAUCGACAUGCCGGGGCUCAAGGCUUUAAUUCUCUUCGUCUCCGUGGUGCUUGUGAACUUCGGAUUGCUGCCGGUCACAAUGGGCUAUCUUGAUGUUAGUGGAGGCCAGACGUCCGCAGAGGAUCUGUCGUUGUCGUCAUCGUCGUCAAUGGAAAAUGAGUUUCCCCAUUCGUUCCGACAUCAGGAACACUAUAAUCAUCGCAUUGAACACGCAUUGAAAGAAUCUAAAAAGAAAAUACUGAGAGCCUCUAGUCUCAGCAGCGCCAGCGCCAUCGCCUCCACAAAAAACAACUCGCAGUCGGCUCAUCAGAUCUAUCUGCGACACCAUCAUAGAGGCGGUGUGGUGACCUCCACAUCCACGCCAUCACCCUAUAAAUCGGGACAUCAUUUGCGACAUCAUAACCGUCAUCAUGAACCAUGGGAGAAUCGCGUUUUGAUGCAAUCGCAAGGUCAACAGCAUCAAGCUGUCGCCGAGGCUUCUGCGGGACCCACAACCACCGUGAGACCACUCAAGCUUAACCUCACCAACACUCUACACAGUCGCCUAUUCGAUCGCGAUAGUCUGUAUACAAUGCCGAGAACAAGGACCACGACCGGUCCGAAAUCAAGACACAAUUAUGGGAGUCACAUUCUGGCAGCUAGUUCCAGCAGCGAUCGGGCCUAUGGUGAUGACAAUCGAUUUGACGAUCGGGAUAGACCGCAAUUGCAAACGCAAAAGCAAACAGUGGAACAUUCACAAAAGUACUCUGACAAAAACAAUGCAGCAAUGCAUCUGUUCUCUGGAGAAGACUACAACGAGGAUGAGGAAGAUGAUGAUGAUGAUUAUCAAUACGAAAGCAAUGACGAAGACGAACAGAACGAGGAGCCAGCUUUAGACAGUGAAAAGUGGAAUAAAAUCGAUAUUCAGGACCGAAGGAAUAGAAGAGAACACUCUCCAUCUGCAAAGCCCUGGGUUAGCAUAAGUGAUGACACGGAAAGCCUUUACUCGCGCUUCAACAUUCCAGGCACCCUGACACAACAUAAAUUUGAAGAAUUAGGAACUCACGAUGCCAUCAAGCAGUCACGAAAGACCCAUAGCACGAAUCACUUACAGAACAAAGCUUUGGCCAAUGCACACGCCUCGAGAAUUUAUAGUGAGGCUAACUGCCGGCUGCCUCAGCAAAGGGUCGAACGCAUUCAAAAGGAUCCUUCGAAAAUGUACGUGCCACACUGUACGAUUUUGCACAGAUGCGGAGACGAUACCGGAUGCUGCAAGACAGACCGACAAACGUGUGCCCCCAAGAGGACGCAAAGUGUGGACUUGUAUUUUUUUGUUAAAAGCUUUAAUUCGAAGCAAGGGUCUAUUGAGCGACACACUUUCGUCAACCACACCGAGUGUCAUUGUGUUGAUAAGUCGAGACACUAUAUGCAUUCCUUCACCGAUGCAGCACCGAUGAUGCGAAAAGCCACCGUUCUAGACUGCAACUGUCCAAAACUGUUUGAGAAAAUCCUUCAAGAGGACGGCAUUUGCAGGUGCGACUGCUCAUCCGGUAACAUAGGAUGUAACUACCUUAAACGUGGGAUGGAACACUUUUCAAUGAUAGACAGAAAAUGUAUUAUUGAAGGCCGUUGCAAGCCACCGACCUGUGAAUUCGGCAACUAUCUUAAAAAACACGGACGAUGUCAGAAAGGCGGUGAAGUGGUACAGCAGCCUCCCCUAUCCUGGAGCUACAACUAAACUAUGUGAAUCUCAUAGCGAUAAAUUAAAACAAAAAAAUAAAACUUUAGUUAUAAAUAUAAUAUAUUUAUAAAACAUUAUUUUAAAAUUCAUUUUAGAAUUUUAAGGGAGCAAGAAGAACCUCAAAAAAUAAAAAAAAUAAAAGAAAAGGGUUACUUUAAAAAAAAUUCAUAUUUUCUAAAAAUGAUAUAGAUUCAAUGAUUCCAAUGACUUUUUAGCUUUAUUUAACUUCAGUUUUAAGGAAGUUAUUUUUAAGUUUACAUCUUACAUGAUUUUGUUUGUCAAUGUUUUUAUUAAUUUUUAUGAUAAUACGAUAUAAUUUACGUUCUUUACGAAAGAAGUCAUCUUUUAUGCAAGACUCUAGUCAAUUUAAUUAAUUGCUUGAAUAUUUUUAUUAAUAUACCUAACCUAUAUAAUUAUAAUAAACCGUUUGAUCAAAACAAAAUGUAAUGUAAUGUAAUUUUAAUAAUUAGAAUCAAACACGAGUAUUAAAAUAAAUAAAUUUUUUCGUGCAAGAGUUACAAAUUAAAUAAUUAUAAAAAUAAAUACGUAAAAAUAUUAUAUUAAAAUUAUAAAAAUCAUGUCCACCAAAUGAAAUUGAAAUAUAGAAAUCCCACUGCCUUUCCCUUUUUAUAAUUAUUAAGACAGGAUAAUGUUAUUUAUGUAUAUUUAUGUGAUUUAACUUGUGAAGACGAGACUGUACCCAUUUAUUAACAACAACAAAAUGAAAAAUUGUUGGAAUUUUUUCUUUUGAAUGCUCAAAAUAAGUUACAUUUGUAAAAAAGAACUAUAUUAGCACAAAUUCCUGGAUCGUGAACCCGGAACCGGAUUAAUAAGCAAUAUGAUGCAUUUAUUUGUUGGUUUUUUAAAGUUGACUUUAAGAAUUAUGUAUCUAAUUAUAAAUAAGGCACUUUUAAUAAUAAACAUGAUACAAACGAAAUUAUGAGCUUUGUUGGAACUGAAAUAUCAAAACAAUAAAUUUAAGUUCCGAAAACAUACAAAACAUUUAUUUUGUAUAUUAUAUUUUUUUCUUCGAAUCAAACAUCUAUAAAAAUAUCAACAAAUUUUUUUUAGGAAUAUUAUUAGAUGUUUUAUACGUACUAUUUUAUAUUUUUGUAAUUUAGUCUCUUCAACUCUUCAAAAAUAUUGCCAUGUUCUAUUUUUUGACUUAAAUGAUUAUUGAGAGUUUAAAAAAUUGGCUUUCAAACACAGAGACAUAUUCAAAUAUUUGGCAAGUCAUUAAAUCUUCUAUCAAACCACUUUUAAAAUAACAUUUUUUAGAAGAUCUUGAUGAAUUCCAGUAAACAAAUGGACAAGGAAUUUGGUUCAAUUUGUAUUUUAAAAUAUUUUGUUUGUCUGAAAACAUUUCAAGUCAAGUCGGGGCUUAAUAAUUUUCAUCAUCUCGAGAGAUCUUAGCCAAAAAUGAUGGUAGAUUUCUUUUUAGUUAAGUUUCCAAUAAAGCUCUAAAAUUUAAUCAAUAAAAUUCUUAUUCGUAUUCACAAAAAGAAAGUAAAAUAUUAUCAUAGAAUAAAGAUUCAUAGUUGUAUACAUUCAUAUAUUUUUUUUAAUUCUAAGACUAUGUAUUUACAAAUUAAAUAGUUUUAAAGAGACGCUGUUAAAAUAUUUACUAUAAUCAAUAAGUAGUUAACAAUGAUAGUUAUAUCUAUAAUAAGAGCAAUGUUAUUAAAAUCUCGAAUGUAUAUUUUUAGUUUAAUAAUUUAUUGUUGUUUAAAUGUCCUAUCCGAUUUAGUUCUAACAUAGUAAUGUUCAUAAUUCAUAUGUAAACAAAAAAAAACAAAACUUUUUAAAAACAAUUAAUUUACAUUGAGUAUUUUGUUUAUAUUAUAAAUAAAAAAAAUGUUUGUUGAUCUUUUUAUUCCUUAAUUUAAGAAAGCAUUUACAAAAAAAUAAUGCAUAAUGAGGAUUGAGUUUGAACAGAAAACAAAAAUCUGAUAUUAUAAAAAAUAGCUCAUUAAGCACUUUCAGUGAAUCAGUAAUGUUUAGUUAUAAAACCACUCUUUACUAAAUAGUUCAACUCUAACUCUUUUGAACGAUUCAAAAAUUAAAGUAUGACCUUUUGGGUUUGAUAUACCAUAGAUAAGAUUUUUAUUGAAAUUAAAAUAUAUAAAGGAAAAAAACAUUAAUAAAAAGAAUGAAACUUA